AUGCAUACCGCAUACGGCAGCCCCAUUGGUGACGAUGGGCCGUCCUCUCAUAUCCCCAUGGUGCAGCAAACCCACCAAAGAAGCAAUUCCUCAUUAGAUAAGAGUACUGAGGGCAAAGACACCGCAGCUUUGCACCUUUCUCAAAUCUAUCCGCCUGCACAAGACUCAUUGACGGUGAGCCAACUGUUGCCUGCCAACGAUUUGGCGUUCCCGACCAUUCCUUCACAUUCCAGCCAAAAUGACGAUUGCCCUGGAACGGAAAAUAGCGAUACGGUCGCCCGAAACUUAUACGAUGUGACCAUAUCUGGAAAGAAGAUCGAUGAAUGCUACUCUCUGUACGUCGUAGUCAUUCCCGUCAGGGCUUUCCACUUUUUCGCUUCUCCGGCAGAUGUCGAUCCGCGUGGGAUAAUGCAGCUCUACACAAUUGCUCGUGACAGCAUCAACUGUUGCUCAAGACUGGAUGGAGCCGAAGAAUUUUCAACAUACAUGAGCCAGUAUUUCAUGCGGAUCAUCUUGUUGGCAGCCUUCUGCAUCUUGAGGAUAAGUAAAAGUGCUGUCGGGGACAAGCUUCCCCGCGACGAAGCCGAGGAAAUAUUCUUCAAAGCCGUCGAGAUUUCCAAGAAGCGAUCAGUACUGGACAACGACCUAGACUCCCGAAGUGCCAAAAUGCUCACACAACUUUGGUCCAGCGAACGAAUAUUCAGAGACGAUAGUGGAGUUAGGACUGGGUUGCAACUCGACCUUCGAGGCCGUUUGGUCAGCUUUCAGGUAUCUCAAAAGUCGAAUUUUAUGAGAAACUAA